AUGUUGACCUGCUUCGGUGGACACAGCCAGAUACCACGGGCGAGGUACGGAAAAGGAAUCUCUCGUUGGUCUUGCAAAAACACAUGCGGCAAUAUUACGGCAAGCGCGAGUAACCAAACCGAGCAGCACUCGAUUUUGAAAUACCGAUGGAAUUUCAAGGUGCCAAGUGAGCCCUUAACAGACUGCAAACAUGCAGUGGCCCUCUUGAAGGGGCUGAACCUGCAGAGAGAGUGUGGGCAGUUUUGCGACUGUGUCGUACAGUUGCAUGUCAGCCCCAGAAGGCUCUUCUUAGCCCAUAAAAGUGUCCUGGCUGCAUCAAGCCCCGUGCUAGCUUCUCUCCUCACCAGUCAUGGAGCACUUUUGGAUUUGCAGUUCCCCAGUCUAUCUCCAGAGACCAUGGAUUACUUGUUAGACUUCAUCUACACAGGCAAACUACCUCCUCAAGACCAAGAGGACUCUGUACUGUCUGUUGCUGUUGCCCUACAGAUGCAGGAACUCCAGUAUGCCUUGACGUUCAGACGAAGUGCGCCGUCUGAGUCCUUGAACAGCCAAAAUAAAUCGGAUCGAAAUUGGACGUUUCCUGAACAGCAACAUGAAGAAAGAAUACCUCUGUCUCCGUCGUACCCAGGCGGAUCUGAAAAGCCUUUGCCAUCCUGCUUAAGUUGUGAAGCGGUACCUGUUAUUCGACACGCAAGUGCCUGUGGGAAGUUGUCACACAUGGAAAAAUCAAGCACACCAAACUAUGACCUGAGCGUUGCCUUUGACCUGCAUGGAAGGGAAUCUGAGAAUAGCCAAAGUGUGGACCUUUCUUCGUAUAAACACAAACUAGGUGAUCACAAAUUUCAAAACAUUGCCAGGAAUGAUGACAUUUUGAAUGAGCCAGCAUCCAAAAGAGUUAAGGUUGCAUCCCAUGUGCUUCACUCAGAUCAUGUACUCUGUCAUCAAACUGAAAGUCCCAAAGACUUUGCAGAUGAGCUUUUGGAAUCAAGAAAUGCGGCAGUUGUUAAAACAAGCGUUACUGUAUCUCCAAAGACUGUGUUUGUGUCUGCACAAAUCAGGCAGGCCAAACACAAAGAUGAGGACUUGAGCCCACACCCAGAGACCAGCAGGGAUCUCACCCUUAGUGACGCUUCAAGGGACAGCUGCCAUGGUCAUCUACAUUCGAACAAAGCUUAUGAGCACAGUGAUGAUGCUUCCAACCAGUUCAGACUUGCAGAAAAUGAGCACAACAUGCCUCAUGCCUCCUUAGAGUUUUCAAACAUUUCAGCCAAUAUUCCUGUGGACAGUCAUUCUGAACAAGGUCAUCACAAUGUUUUGUGUCAUUUGCAGUCAGAGGACGACACACAGUAUGCGGUACACAUUGCAGUAAGCAGGGAAAACUCCAGCCAGGAUAUUGACAUGCAGACCUGUAGGGCUUCUUCUGAUUCCAAAUCAUGGUUUGAUUCAGUUAGGUCUUAUGCACAAGGCCCAGUUGUUUCAGGUCACAGUAUCACAGCAGACACGCCUGCAGUCCGUGAAUUAGCCAGAGGUGAUCACAGCAGCACAUCUGAGAGGUCUAGCAGUGAUCGGGAGGACGACGGUGAUCUGUUUAGCCCUCAGAACUAUGGUGUGCACACCUACCAAGGACAGGUGAGGUAUCACUGUCUCAGGGGAGAGCCUCAACAAGUCACAGGGUCAAGCGACUCUGACGAGGAUGGACUUUACAUGAUCCCGACGGAAACUGCCGGCAGUAAACAGUGCUCCACUCCUGGCAUUCCCCUCUCCGAGGCCUCGACCAGCGAGCCGUCGGUGGGGCUGUUCAACCUCAGCAAGGCCCACCAGAACCUGGUGGUGCAGCCGUACCAGUGCACCAUGUGUGAUCGAGCCUUCAGCCAACGGGGCUCUCUGAACAGACACAUGCGCUCCCACCUGGGCGUCAGGCCGUACGCCUGCCCGCAGUGCCCCAUGACCUUCUCACGCCAGUACCGGGUCACGGAGCACAUGCGGGUCCACCAGCGUGGCUGUGAAGACCUCCAGAGGGCAGGGCCUACCUGAUCCUGGCUCAAACUAGACCUGUGUGCCCACACAAAAUGUACACUCUAGCUCCGUUAGCAUCAGGAGGCUGCAUGUCUCUGGGAUAGAUACAGGGUCGCCAGCUUUUAAGCGUUAUCUUGGAGUUAUAGAUAGAGUGCCUAGCAUUUCUGUCAGUGAAACCAGUGGACCGGCAGUCUCACACCGAAACUGGGGGAGUUGGCAACCCGGUAGAUAGGCAUUUGAAUGGGGGCUAGCUGUUAAUCUCGCCAGUACAGUGACCUGUCACAGAAACGGUUCCCAUUCAGGUACGCAUUAAUGCCAAAGUGCCAGAUUGCCAGCAGACACACAUUAACCUUACACGUUACUUCCAGCUUUUCACCUUACAUAAGUUCUACUUUGCUGAGAUGUGAGAUUUUUAACUACAACUAGAUGCUUAUCGUGAGGUGAAUGACUGCUAUUGGGCAUUCUUGGGAGAGAUUUUAAUUAUUUGCUUUGUAUAAAUAAUGUCUGUAACCCUGUAAUGUGCCUUUGCAUGUUUUUGUCAUGCAGUCUCAGUGGUCUGGUUGCCUCUACUUUUUAUUUUAGAUAUUGUGACCAAACUGUUUUGCUGUUGCUUAUAAUAUUUCUGCUGUAGAAGUGAAUUGUACGUUUUAGGUUUGACAUUUUCUUCACAGAAUGCAUAUUCAUAUAUGCUCAUGUUCUACUGAAUAAUAAUUUGUUUCAAACAUUUGGAAACAUUUUACAUUAAGUGUAUAAACUUACACUUGCAUGCAUGCUGACAUUGUAGUACUGUGUUUGAAUGUCUUAUUGAUAAUGUGUGAGGCUAGUCACAGCUAUUCAUGUAGUAGUUUGUUUCUUAUGCCA